CUCUGUAAGCUUUUCUUAUUUUUAAUUACUUCAUUGGUUUUCUUUUCAAAUUUUGUUUAGAUUGUUCCGCAGAUCUGCUUCUGUGUUUCUUGGGAAGUGUAAAUAUCGAGUAAAGUAAAGAGAAUUUUGGGAAUCUCUUCGUUUUUUUUUGUUUGUAUUGUUCUUUGAGUUUGGGGUUCUGAUUCAGCUUCAAGUUUUUCGAAUUGGGGUUUCCGGGUUAAUUUGAGUUUUGAAGAAAAUUUUAUGGUUUGACUUUGUCUAGUUUAAUAUGCUGAGUUUGUUGAUGAAGAUGAAGAGCUAAGACUGACUUUGUACUUAGGGUUGGACUUCGUUGUUUCUUCGUCAUAUUUCUGGUACCCUUUGUCUAGUUUUGGCUGUUCUUAUUCCAUGUUAUAAGCUCGGAUUCUGAAAAUGGUAGAGCUUAGAUUUGUGUCCCAAACUAGCAAGAUCAUUCUGAGUUCUCGUUCUGGUUGACCGCUAUCUGUUUGCUUAAAGUCUGAUGAGACGCCGUCAGACGGCGAGCAGUCCUCCUGAGCAGAUGGAGAAAGCGGUAGGGAAGAAUCAGCGGACUCGUCUCUGUUUCUUGGUGUCUUUGUCUGCUUUGUUUUGGUUCUUGUUGUUUUACUUCCAUUUUGUUGUUCUUAAAAGUGGUACCGUUGAUCAAUCUGUAAAACUACAACCCGUUCCUGUCCAAACCGAGUCUGCCAAGGCACAGGCCAAGGCGCGUCGUGCACCUGAAAGUUAUCCAUUUGUGAGGGCUUUGAGAACCAUAGAGAACAAGAGCGAUCCUUGUGGAGGAAGGUACAUAUAUGUCCAUGAUCUUCCUCCUCGGUUCAAUGAGGACAUGCUCAAGGAGUGUAGGUCUCUCAGCCUCUGGACGAAUAUGUGUAAAUUUACCACCAAUGAUGGGCUUGGUCCCCCAUUAGAGAAUGUGCAAGGGGUCUUCUCCAAUACUGGAUGGUAUGCUACAAACCAAUUUGCUGUUGAUGUGAUUUUCAGCAACCGGAUGAAGCAGUAUGAAUGCUUGACAAAUGAUUCUUCUAUUGCUGCUGCCAUUUUUGUUCCAUUCUAUGCUGGGUUUGAUAUAUCCCGUUAUCUUUGGGGAUAUAACAUAUCGGUUAGGGAUGCUGCUUCUCUUGAUUUGGUAGACUGGUUAGUUAAGAGGCCUGAAUGGAAGGUUAUGGGAGGAAAAGACCAUUUUCUGGUUGCAGGAAGGAUAACAUGGGAUUUUAGGAGACUAACGGAUGAAGAAACAGAUUGGGGUAACAAGCUUUUGUUUCUUCCAGCAGCUAAAAACAUGUCGAUGCUGGUAGUUGAAUCAAGCCCAUGGAAUGCAAAUGAUUUCGGUAUCCCAUACCCUACUUACUUCCAUCCAGCAAAGGAUAAUGAUGUGUUCAUUUGGCAAGACCGCAUGAGGAAAUUGGAUCGCCCAUGGCUCUUCUCAUUUGCUGGGGCCCCACGUCCUGGCAACCUCAAGUCAAUUAGAGGGCAGAUCAUUGAGCAGUGUAAGAAGUCCAAGGUCUGCAAACUACUGGAAUGUGAUUUUGGGGAGAGUAAGUGCCAUUCUCCAAGCAGUAUAAUGCAAAUGUUCCAGAGUUCUCUGUUUUGCCUGCAACCUCAGGGUGAUUCUUACACCAGAAGAUCAGCUUUUGACUCAAUUUUGGCUGGUUGUAUUCCUGUCUUCUUCCAUCCUGGUUCAGCUUACACACAAUACACAUGGCAUCUUCCUAAGAAUUAUUCAAAAUACUCUGUGUUCAUUCCAGAGGAUGAUAUUCGUAAGAGAAAUGUUAGUAUUGAGGAAAGACUAAGCCAAAUUCCUUCUGAGCAGGUAAAAAUCAUGAGGGAGGAGGUUAUAAGUCUCAUCCCGAGGUUGAUAUAUGCAGAUCCUCGGUCAAGAUUGGAGACUCUUAAAGAUGCCUUUGAUGUAGCUGUACAAGCCAUAAUUGACAAAGUUACCAGGUUGAGGAGGGAUAUUAUUGAUGGUCGUACAAAUGAUAAUUCUGUGGAGGAGAAUAGCUGGAAAUAUGCCUUACUAGAAGAAGGACAACAUGAAGUAGGGCCUCAUGAAUGGGACCCUUUCUUCUCGAAGCCAAAGGAUGAAUCUGCAGAAGCUGCUAAAAAUUCUUGGAAGAGUGAGCAAAGGGAUCAAUCAUGACUGGAGUGGUAGAAAUUUCAUGUGCAUCGUAUAAGCUCGAAUCAUUUCUAAUACUUGCCCUCGGGAACUUAAAAUAAGCCCGCCUGCAGUGAGUGAAAAAGGAUGGCAGGUAAGGUGAUCAAGAACCUGCGAUGCAAUCAUAUGGGGAACUUGCCAUCAACCUCGUCACACCUUUGCAUGUAAAACCUUGUUUAAAUAUAUAAUUCUGAUAUGUUUGUUCAAAAGGGUAGCUAUAUUUAAUUUUUCAGUAAUUCUUUGUAUUGUUCUUUUUCACUUUGUAAUGCCAAGAUGAGCUAUAAUCAUGUUUUCUGAUC